AUGAGAGGCACUACGGAUGAAGAAGAUGGAGUCACGAGCGUCUCUGAUGUUGUUAUGCUGUCUGAAGACGUCCUCAUAUCCGGAGAAGAUGGAGAAGACAGUUUUGGUUUCGGAUUCACUGGUGAAGAUUAUCCUCACAUGCUCUGUUUCAGCGGAGGAAACGACGUCGGUUUGCUCUUCCAAGAACCCUCCUCUGCUUCUUGCAAAGACUCUACUGCUUCUCCAGUAUCUUCACUCAAUAACAUUUGCACCGUCGAUGAUAAACCUUCUAGAUCCAAUAAGAAGAUAACCAGGUUGGGUGAUGGGCAAAACCGGGUGUGCGAUUCAAAACCCGGAAAGAGAUGCAAGCGAGAUCAGAAGAAGUCAUCGGUUGAGAAUGCUAAGGUUAAGAAAGUAAAGGUAGGUGAAAAAAUCACAGCGUUGCAGCAGUUGGUUUCUCCAUAUGGCAAGGACGACGAAGACAACGGAGACGUAAGCCCGACGAUUAAAGUCAAGGAGUUGAAAAGCAAUGGUUUAUGUCUUGUACCAUUAGCCUGGACCGAACACGUGGCGAAUACCAACGGUGCUGAUCUAUGGUCACCUUCUAUCUUGUCACCGACAAUGAAUCACUCCUAA